AUGGAUUAUUUAAAUGAAAUUAAUAAUAAUAAUGAAAUUUUCUCAUAUAAAAAAUUAAUUAAUGGUCAUAAAUAUAAUAUUAAAGAAUUAUUAAUUCAUAAAUUGAAAUUAAAAAAAGAUUUUCAAUUAAAAACUUUGGAUGAUAUUGCAUUUCUACAAAAAAAGUUUGUUGAAGAAUUACCAUAUAAUAAUUUUGACCUUUGUCAUGGUAUUGAUGAAUGGGGAUUAGAUUAUAUUGUUAAAAGAUUACUAAUUGAUGGUGAGGGUGGUAUUUGUACAACAUUAAAUAUUUUAAUGGGUAUGUUUCUUUAUGAAUUUGGAAUUCCAGUUAGAUUGAUUAAAGCAUAUAAACAAUCACAAUUUAAUAUAGUUCCACAUUUUUCAUGCCACAUUUCAAAUUUAAUUCAAUGGCCAUUAAAUAGUAAAUGGUAUAUGGUUGAAGUUGGAAUUGGUUUCUUUGGUUCAUUAAAUCCAAUUGAAUUGGGUAAUGAAAUUGGUGUUUUAUCAAAUGCUGGCAAUCACUCCUACUAUCGUUGUAUUGAGAAUUCAGAUGAUUCAUCAUACAUUUAUCAAGAGAAAAAACCUGGCAUGGAUAGUUAUUUAAAUUUAUUUCAAUUCAGUUCAAGUGAAAUUACUCAUGGUGAAAUUUUAGAUUGUCACCAACGUUACCUUGAAAUUACAGAGAAAAAAUUAUUUUCAUUUUUAAAAUUUGAAAAAGGUUAUUACUAUUUUCACCAUGAUUGUUUAAAAAUUGGUUUCCUAGAUGGAAAAGAAAAUACUAUUACAAUUACUGAUCAAUAUCAAUUAAAAAAAUUAUUAUUAAAUUAUUUUAAAAUUAAUUUAAAUGAAAAUAUAAAAAAACAAAUAUAA